AGGGGGGGACCCAGGGCUGAGUCACAGGGCGGUGGGGGAAGCCAGUAGGAAGGAUGGUGAUGGCGCUGGACGCGGUGGCCUCAGGCGCCCGUGCCAACAAGCCAGGAUGAGGCAGGGUAGUCCCCGGCUCGGUUCCCUGCAGACCCCCAGCUCCGGUCAGAGGUCACAUUCUUAGCCCCGGGCCCGCUUGCCUGACUCCUGGAACGUUCAGUCCCUCCGAAUCCGCCGCCACCAUAGAGACGACGCACUUACGCAGGUCGCUGGGCGGGGCGAACGGCCCGAACUGCAGUACGCUGCCUGGUUGCCCGGACAACCGUGGGCGGGGCGAGCGGGCCUGCGCGCGGCGCGGUUGCCAGGGCAACCGGUAGGCGGUGGCAGCGGCUACGGGGCGACACUGUUAAAACUCCCAGGUUGGAGCAACAGCGGCGGCGAUGGCGCACGAAGGCUCGGUGAGCUUCAGCAAGAUUGGGGGUGCGCUAGAGUCAGAGUCGGCGGUUAAGGUCGGUGUGGGGAACCGCCCGUCAGCUCCGCGACGAGCGUCGCCCCUGCUUCUGAAAGUCCACCGUGGCGACCCGAAGCCAUUCGGCUUCCAUACGUACGCCUCCUCUCCGGCCGGUCCCCGGCCUCCGAGCACGGAGUUUGCGGAUCCCCUCAGCUCCACGCAGCUCUGUCCUCGCUCUCGUCCUCUCGACCCAGAGUUAUCCAGGGUGGGAUACGUGUCUACUUCUUACCUUCACUUUUGGCUUUCAAGACAACCAAGGAAGUCACGUUGGACAGAAAACCUGCACCUGCACAACGCCUACCCACCCCCUUGGUCAUACCAAGGCCCUGAGGGAAAGGGUAAAAAGUGUGGUCCAGAGCCCGAGAACAAGAAGUGAAUUCGGAAACAGCUAAUGCAUCUAAUACGUUUCUUAGAGGUCUCAUUUAAAUGGGUAAACCAGAAUAGGUCAGGAAUUUGCGGCUGAAGUGUUGCUAGAUAUUUCACGUAUUUCAAGACUGUCAGGAAGAAGAAAACUGUGAAGUUGCACUUGAAAAUUAUUCUUUAAAAGCCAAGAAACAUUUUUUUUAAUUGUGCUUUAAAUGAAAGUUUACCCUUCAAGUCAGUUUCUCAUACAAAAACUUAAACACACGUUGUUAUGUGACUCUAGUUGCUCUCCCUACAAUGUGACAGCACACUCCUCCUCUCCACCCUGUAUCUCCCCUGUCCACAGCUCCUUUCCACUUCUACCUUCUCAUCUCGCCUCUGGACAGGAGCUGCCCAUUUAGUCUCAUGUAUAGAAAAAAAAAAUUUUUUUUUCUAUCUGCUUGAGCCGAGAAGCACAUACUUCACAAGUAUCAUUAUAGUCAAGUUUAAUUUUUAUCUGAAGAGUUGGCUUCAGGAAUGGUUUUAGUUCUGGGCUAACAGAGAGUCUGGGGCCAUGUCUUCCGGGCUCCCUCCAGUCUCAGUCAGACCAUUAAGUCUGGUCUCUUUACUAGAUUGUGAGUUCUGCACCCCACUUUUCUCCCGCUCCAUCAGGGGACUCUGUUGUGUUCCCUGUCUGGGCUGUCAUUGGUGGUAGACAGGCACCAUCUUGUUAUUCUGGUCUCAGGCUGAUGGAUUCUCUGGUUUAUGUGGCCCUUUCUGUCUCUUGGGCUUAUAUUUUCCUUCGGUAUUCUUCGUUCUCCUUUGCUCUGGGUGCAAGAAACUUUAAGAGCCAAGAUUUGAAGAGCAAAAGUUGUGCAAAAGUUCUCUGGCCCAUCUGGCCAGGCCAGGUCUAAGCACAGGUGCCAGAUGAGGGGCUGGGAGGAGAGGUCUAAGGAGCCAACUCUCCUUUUCUAGCUAGCCCUGCUCUGGCCAAGCCUGGCCUGGGCUGCAGGUCACUUCCUGGGCUUGCCAUUAGGGCUGUUCUUUUGGGGGCUCUUCUCACAAGUGAAGAGAAGACAGUUUGUGCCUGGAAAAUAAGGUUUAAGGGAUUUUGAGUUCAGUGUGAGAUUUAGGAAACUCCAAAUUUGGGGGAGGAUGAAUUAUGAGGCAAUUAGGUGGUGGGGGUGGGGAGGAGGUAAAAGUUUGAGAGCAUCAUACUUGGAGGAAAAUUUUGGGAAGGACCAGGUUUAGGGGGACUGUUGUGGAGAAGUGAAGCACCUAAGAGAUUGCUAGUAAAUCCCUACGUCCCGAGAAUAAAUGAGAUUUUGGGACAUGUUUUUUCCUUUUUAAGUGGAGUUUUCUUGAUUAUAACAGAAUAAAACUCAUCAUAAAAAAAUAAAAAAACAGUUGCUGUCCAGUCUAUUCCAAUUCACAAUGACCUCACGUGUUUCAGAGAACUGGGCCCCACAGGGUUUUUGAUGGUCUUGAUGUUUCUUCCAGGCACCUCUGGGUAGAUUCGCACCACCAACGGUUUUGUACCACCUAAACCCCAAAAACCAAACCCUAUGGCAUGGAGUUGAUUCUGACUCAGCAACCCUAUAGGACAGAGUAGAACUGCCCUGUAGGGUUUCCAAGGAACUGCUGCCCUUUUGGUUAGCAGCUAUAGCUCUUAAGCACUGUGGCAACAGGGAUUUAGAAAAGAGGAAAGCAUAGAUAUACCUACUGUUACUGUUUUGGUGUUUUCCCUUUCUUCAGCACCUGUUGAUUUACACAUUUGAGAUUAAAUUCUACAUGUAAUUUUUAUCCUGUUUCCUUCAUUUAACAGUACAUCGUAAGUAUUUUCCAGUGCCAUUACAAAAUCUUCCUAAAUAUCAUCUGUAAUUAUUGCACAACAUCCAGUCAUAUAGAUAUACCACAAUUUACCAACUAUCCCCCCUUUUUUGCAUUAGACGUAUGUUUUCAAUAUUCUAUUAUAAACAACCUACAGGGAAUAUGUUAGAAAGUAUAUUUUUAUCUUCAGGAUAUGCCUUCGGGGUGUAUUUAUAGAGCUGAAAUGGCUGGAUUAAAGGAGUUGAAAUAUUUUUAAUGCUCUUGAUACAUACUCUUGAAUGACUUUCCAAAAAUAUUUGUUCCAUUUAACAUUCCCACCAGUAGGGUGUCAGACUACUUAAUCUUUGCCACUAUCGAGUAUUCUUAUUUUUAAAAUAACUUUUAUGGACUAAAAAUUAGAAUCUCAAAUUUGUGUUUUGAAAUUUUUGAAGGUUGGACAUCUUUUCGAAUGUUUAUUAAUGAUACACAAUUUCUUUUAUGUGAAAUGUUAUGACCUUUAUGUGUGCGCUCUUACUGCUUUUCUUUCUGUGAGUUUUUAAUGUAUUUGAAAUAUUUAUUUUCAUAUUUGUCGCAAAUAUUUUUCUUUGUUUGGAAGGCAGGAUAAAGUCAGGCUCUGCAAUCAGGUUUAGCUGCAUAUGAAUUCUGAACUCCACCACUUUCUAAUUAUGUGAUCCUGGGAAAAUUACUGAAAAGUGGGGAUGAAAAUAGUACAUAGUCUAAAAAAUAUAGUAAUUGAGCGUAUAUAUGUAACUGGCAUAUUUAAGUGCCAGUAAACCAUAACUACUAAUGUUAGCCUGUAAUUAGGAACUUUUUUUUUUUAGGUACAGGAAAAUUUGAGCUAUAUGUAUAUACCUGUUUACCUAUGUCUUUAUAAUUUCUCCCACUACUUUUAUGUGUAAAUAGUCCUUUCUAGCAAAAAAUAUAUAACAAUUUUACCUGAUUUUCCUACUUUUUAUGGUUCUGUUUGUUUAUUUUUUGAGUAUUUAUCCUUUAAUUCAUCCAAAAUUUACUGAGACAUAUAAAUGGCUACCAAUAAUUCCAGCACCGUUUACUGACUUGUCUUUCUUAAGGAGCUCUUUGAACUCCAGUGGAUCCAGUGCAGGUAGCAAGGGCCGUGGAGUUAGACCACCACUUGUCCAUCUGUUAGUCAUACUGCAGUUGCUCUCGUGUUACCAUGAUGGUGGAAGCUAUGCCACUGGUAUUUAAAAUGCCACAGGGCCACCCAUGGUGGAGAGGCUUCAGCAGAGCUACUAGAUUGAGACAGACUAGGAAGAAAGGCCUGGUGAUCUACUUCCAAAAAUCAGCCAAUGCAAACUUUAUAGAUCACAACAGAACAGUGUUGAUAUAGUGCCGGAAGAUGCAAACAUACCAGUAAUCAUGAAGACGGCACAGCGUGGGCAGUGUUGUUUUAAGCAAGGGAUCCAUGAGCAGAAGAGCACUAGGGGGCAGCUAACAACAACAACAACAACAUGGAGUAAAGUAUUAUAACAUGGAGUAAAGUAUUAUAACAUGGAGUAAGUAUUAUAAUGACAUGUGCAAAGAGCUGGAGAUGGAAAACCAAAAGGGAAGAACACCCUCGACAUUUCUCAAGCUGAAAGAACUGAAGAAAAAAUUCAAGCCUCGAGUUGCAAUAGUGAAGGAUUCCAUGUGGAAAAUAUUAAUGACGCAGGAAGCAUCAAAAGAAGAUGGAAAGAAUACACCGAGUCACUAUACCAAAAAGAAUUGGUCGAUGUUCAACCAUUUCAAGAGGUGGCAUAUGAUCAGGAACCGAUGGUACUGAAGGAAGAAGUCCAAGCUGCUUUGAAGGCAUUGGCGACAAACAGGGCUCCAGGAAUUGAUGGAAUAUCAAUCGAGAUGUUUCAACAAACAGAUGCAGUGCUGGAGGUGCUCACUCGUCUAUGCCAAGAAAUAUGGAAGACAGCUUCCUGGCCAACUGACUGGAAGAGAUCCAUAUUUAUGCCUAUUCCCAAGAAAGGUGAUCCAACCGAAUGUGGAAGUUUUAGAGCAAUAUCAUUAAUAUCAUACGGAAGCAAAAUUUUGCUGAAGGUCAUUCAAAAACGGCUACAGCAGUAUAUCGACAGGGAACUGCCAGAGAUUCAGGCUGGUUUCAGAAGAGGAUGUGGAGCCAGGGAUAUCAUUGCUGAUGUCAGAUAGAUCCUGGCUGAAAGCAGAGAAUACCACAAGGAUGUUUACCAGUGUUUUAUUGACUAUGCAAAGGCAUUAGACUGUGUGGAUCAUAACAAAUUAUGGAUAACACUGAGAAGAACGGGAAUUCCAGAACACUUAAUUGUGCUCAUGAGGAACCUUUACACAGAUCAAGAGGCAGUUGUUCAGACAGAACAAGGGGAUACUGAUUGGUUUAAAGUCAGGAAAGGUGUGCAUCAGGCUUGUAUUCUUUCACCAUACUUAUUUAAUCUGUACACUGAACAAAUAAUACAAGAAGCUGGACUAUAUGAAGAAGAACAGGGCAUCAGGAUUGGAGGAAGACUCAUUAACAACCUGCAUUAUGCAGAUGACACAACCUUGCUUGCUGAAAGUAAAAAGGACUUGAAGCACUUACUAAUGAAGAUCAAAGACCACAGCCUUCAGUAUGGAUUACACCUUAACAUAAAGAAAACAAAAAUCCUCAUAACUGAACCAGUGAGCAACAUCAUGAUAAACGGAGAAAAGAUUGAAGUUGUCAAGGAUUUCAUUUUACUUGGAUCCACAAUCAAUGCCCCUAGAAGGAGCAGUCAAGAAAUCAAACGACGUAUUCAAACGACGUAUUGCAUUGUGCAAGUCGGCUGCAAAGGACCCCUUCAAAGUGUUGAAGAGCAAAGAUGUCACCCUGCAGACUAAGGUGCGCCUGACCCAGGCCAUGGUAUUUUCAGUCACAUCAUGUGCAUGUGAAAGCUGGACAAUGAAUAAAGAAGACCGAAGAAGAGUUGAUGCCUUUGAAUUGUGGUGUUGGCGAAGAAUAAUGAAUAUACCAUGGACUGCCAAAAGAACGAACAAAUCUGUCUUGGAAGAAGUGCAGCCAGAAUGCUCCUUAGAAGCAAGGAUGGCGAGACUGUGUCUUACAUACUUUGGACAUGUUGUCAGGAGGGAUCAGUCCCUGGAGAAGGACAUCAUGCUUGGCAGGGUACAGGGUCAGCGGAAAAGAGGAAGACCCUCAACGAGGUGGAUCGACACAGUGGCUGCAACAAUGAGCUCAAGCAUAACAACGAUUGUAAGGAUGGCGCAGGGCUGGGCAGUGUUGCAUUCUGUUGUGCAUGUGGUUGCUAUGAGUCCCAGCCAACUCAAGGGCACCUAACAACAAGAACAACAUAGCUUGGGUUUACUAGCAGUAUGGUCUGGAGCAAUUGAUGGUUAACCUCUGUUAAGUUGCACUUUCUUUGUCUGCAAAAUGAGCUUAGUGGGCUGUUACAAAAAUAAAAUUAGGUAGGUCAAACACCUAAAAAACAUCUGUCACAUAGUAGGUUCAUAGUAAGCUGUAGUCCCUCUCUCUUUUCCUUCCUACCAGGCAUCUUGUGAAAGCCCCUUACUAGCCUAUGGCAGUGCCUCCAUCCCACUCCUCAGUUUCAGCCCCUGACUGCGUUGUUCUGUUCCCACAGAGGCAGGAGAGGCAGGCCAGAGACCGCGGGGUGACCAGAUCCAAGGCGGAAAAGGCCCGGCCGCCCACAGUGCCGGUGCCGCAGGUGGACAUCGUGCCUGGGCGGCUCAACGAGGCCGAAUGGAUGGCGCUGGCGGCUAUUGAGGAGGGCGAGGACGUGGUGGGGGACAUCAUAGCCGACCUGCUAGCCCGAGUCAUGGACUCCGCCUUCAGAGUCUACCUGACCCAGCAGUGUAUUCCAUUCACCAUCAGUCAGGCCCGCGAGGCCAUGCUGCAGAUCACCGAGUGGCGCUUCCUGGCCCGGGACGAAGGGGAGUCUGCAGUGGCCGAUGACCCCACAUGGGGCGAGGACGAGGAGCCCUUGGCGUGCAUUACGGACGCCUGGGCUCAGGGCUCAGUGCCUGUGCUGCAUGCACCCGCCUCUGUGGGGCCCGAGGAGACCCUCCAAGAAGACCGAGGGAGCGUGGACCGCAGCCCUUUAAAAAGAUCUUGGGUAGGGAGAGGCUCCCAGGAGCAGAUGGAGUCUUUGGAGCGGUCUCCGGAGCCAGGAGCCUGCCCGGGCCCCCCGCCCGCCCCGGAGUUGUUUCAGGAGGCAGGGCCCGGGGAGCCUUUAGAGGAACUGGACGACCAGGAGAGAGGCGCUGUCUCCUCGGCGGAGUCGUGCAACGCAAGCUUCCAUCCAUCGGAGGAGAUGGCGUCCGCCGGCAGUCCCGAGCCAUCUGAGGAGGAGUUUCUGGAAGCCGGCUCCCAAACACCGGAGGAGACCGGGCAGCCCCUCAGCAACCAGCUCUCGCUCGGGGACCUCUAUUAUUGCGCGCCCCAGCCCGACGAGGCGGGGGACCGGGCCGAGCUCGAGAAGGAGGGAGUUUCCCCCAUCGCCUCGGGAACGUUGCUGUCCUGCCCCUCUGUGGACUCCCCUACUCGGCUCAGCCCUUCAGCGUCACUCUGGUCGCAGCAGCCGAGGCGCGCCGAAGCCUGGCUGGACGCGCUUCACCAUAGGGCCGGCGGCAAGGUGGGGGGAACGGCGCGCCUGGACCCCGCGCGGCUGCCGCGCCACUGGGUGCGCCCCCUGGCGGAGGUCCUGGUCCCAGGCACCGAGGCCUGCCUCCUGGAAGCUUACCGCGGGCGCCGGCGGAACAAGACCGACGCCCGCGCCACACCCCAAGCCCGGGAACACGGACAUCGCGUCUCCCCGGCAGCUUUCGUCCCUCUCCGGCCUGGCGUUCCAUUCCAUGCCUUGGAUUCUCGCCUCGGCCUCCAAUUCCCCAGUCUCCGGUCUCCAGUCUUAGUGUCGAAGAUGCCCUUCCCCAGCCCGGGGCUCCGCUUCCUCACCACACACCCAACGCUCCCCGACGUGGCCCGAAGCCCCAGCCCCAAGCUGUGGCCCAGUGCCAAGUGGCCCAGCGGCUGGGAAGGGGAGGCCGAGCUGCUGGAUGAGCUGUGGGCCGGCCGCACUCGCGUGCCUCCACAGCGCUUGGACCCUGGGGACCGAAAGGGCCAGGAUUCUCGCGGGUGGCCUCUUCUGGCACCUCGGGUCCUCGAGGCCACCUCCCAGGUGAUGUGGAAGUCCGUGCUACUGCCAGAUGCCAUGAAAUUGGAGCCUGGUGUGAGCCUGUGGAACCCGAGCACCCAGGUGCUACUCAGUGCUUCCGAACCCCAGGAGGAGGACAAGGAAGGACGUAUUUCUCCUCCUGUGGAGCAGCACCCCAUCCAGACAGGUGCCCCAAAGCCCCAGGUGACCGUGGCACAGUUAGUGAAGGACUCAACCCCGAAAGUGUGGUCACUCCCUUCCAAGGACCUGCCCCAUUCUGAGACCUGACCUUCUGGCACUAGGAACCCACCUUCCCUCUGUCAGCCUGCUGGAAAUAAACACCUGGGUUGCCUUAGGAGUUGGCCUGAUGUCUCUCUCCAUUUUUUCCAAGAGUGUCCACUUCCUCACUGAACCCCAAGGAUGUCAGUGUCCUGUAGCCCUAAUAGAAGAACACUACCUCGGGGGAACAGCCCCAUCAUCACUUAGGAGACCCUGGUUUAGGACCAAAGCUGCUCCCUAGAAGAGGCAUUCUGGAGACUUCACCUACCAUCUCAAAGAGCAGGCUUAAGGGCUGCAAGUGGAGGUCUGGGGCCAAAGAAGGAAAUAGGCUUGAGAGAACUUUUAGAGUCUACUUUCAGUAGGAGAGGGAGGGCAUGGCCCUGCUUAAGCACAGAGUGAUUCAAGACAAGAGGAACUGGAUUUCUUGCUUCUUCAAAAUCCGGGACCUGGAUGACCUUGAGAACUCUGCCAAUGUGCCUUGGAAUGCAACUCCAAGUUUUUGCUUUUGGAGACAGAUCUGGACCUAUGUAGUGUUCCUGGGUGGCACCAAUGCUUUGCACUUGGCCGCUAACCUAAAGCUUGCUGAUUUGAAACCACCUAGUUUUUUUUUAGUGGUUCCAGGGAAGAAAGGGCCUGGUGAUCUGCUUCCAUUAAAAGUACAGUCAAGAAAACCCUAUGGAGCAGUUCUACUCUGACCCAUGAGGUCUCCAUGAGUCAGAAUUCACAGGAAGGCAACUAAUAACAGCAAUAAUGUUAUAGAUUGAAAUGUGUCUCCCCAAAAUAUAUGUUGUAAAUCCUAACCUCGAUGCCUGUAAGAAUGGUGUGGCUGAGGCAUCUGACCUCCUGUAACUUCACUGGGGGAAGGAGAAUCAAGAUCAACAGCCCAAGGCUGAUUUCUAUGAGGUAGAGGUCAGACAUGCCUAUCUCUGCCAUCUUUACCAAUUCUGACAUCAACUGUCUCUCCCACGGCACUUUCUACUUCUCUGCUAAGUUCAGUAAUUCAUUGCAAUGGCCACACAGAACUCACAGAUAAUACUCACGAUUAUGGGGUUUAUUAGGGAAGUAACAGAUUCAGAUUCCGGACAGCCCAGGAUGCGAUUCUUCCAUCAGGCCAGCCUCUUCUUAGCCCACAGGCACACCUUUUUCUGGCCCUUGGCCUCUGCCCUGCUCCGGCAAGUGUUACAAAGCUCUUUUAGCUCUGCCAAUAAGUGCCACAGGCACUCCACUCCUGCCUUGGCCCAAAGAUGCUCAGCUCCAGCUCCCUGCCUUGGCGAACUUAGCUCCACCAAGUGCCUGGAGGCACCCUACUCCGCCAGCAGGCCUCCUGCCCAAAGACACUCAGCUUUCUUGCUCCUGCUGGCUGCUACUGCCACUGUUUCUCUGCCGCAGUUACCACAAUUUCAUGAGUUAGAGCCACCUGCCACAAACAACCAAUUCUUGAGACGGGUGAGGUGGGUAGCAAGAACUUUUUUAGAUAUACCGGUAUAUAGAGACAGAGAGGAAUGAUCUCCUCCUAAAGCUGUCUCCCUGGACUACAGGUCAGCUCCAGUUUUUAAGGGAAAGGGGCCGUAAGUUUUAGGGACUUGUGGAAUGUACAUUCUCUUUCUUCUAUUGGGUUUCGGUGGUCCUUUCUCAAACAUGUUGAUCUUUUCCUGCCAUUAUCCCAUUGGCUCAGGGGGUGGCUGGUGCCAUCCUUUGUCUUAUUUGAUAGGCUUAGAUCAAUAUCACUUGUUUUCCGUAGUCCUAGAGGAAACAUUGGCUAACACUUAACCUUUUGGGGGAGCUGACAUUAGGAUCUUACUUGGAGACAGGGAUGGCCUAGGGGAGGGAAAGGAGAGAAAGAAGAAAGAAGAAGGAAAAAAAAAAUUGGCUCAGGUACUGUUCAAGAUAUGGCUGAGCAGCCUAUUUCAAUCCCCCCUUUUUAUUAUAGGUUUCUCAAUCUUGGGAAACAGGAUGCCGUGUCUCUGUAGCUGCUUCGUGCUGGACGAGGGCGUAAAGGCCUAACGGGUAGAGAAGUGGAACU